AGCGGCUCGAUUAUUGAGCCAAGAUGGCGGUGACGGAGCGCUAUUUUCUUGUUUAAAACUAAAGCUUGGGGGCGGGUCUGAAAUUGCAUCACAGCUGAUCUGGAGCCCCUUCUCCUCCCCCCGUUAUUUUUUUGCAUCAGAGUCACUGGAGAAUCUUCUUAGUGCCCGUCUUACCUUCUUUGUAUUGUCAAAAAUUGGGACUAGCUUUCUUCCUCAGGCUAGAAUUUUACUUCACACAGUCUCGCGCAGUUCCACGAUGCCCCUUAUUUUCAGAAAACAUGCUUUGACCGCUUAUUUCAAAGGAAUCUUUUGUGAAUUCAAGUCAGCUUUGACCCAGUUUUGGGGUUCUCGACUUUGCUUGUGUUAGUCACCAGCGGAGAUGUAUUUGGCCGCAGAAGCGAGCACUUCCAGCUUGUUGAGCUCCGUGCAGGAGAACCCCGCGGGAGAUUCCAUCUCGCCAGCCUUGGAGCUGAGCCUCACCGCCGCGUACACUGUUCUCUACUCACUCCUCUUCGGCUUCGUGUACCUGCAGCUGUGGCUCAUUCUGCACUACGGAUACAAGCGCUUCAGCUAUCAGAGUGCGUUCUUGUUCCUGUGCUUGCUGUGGGCAGCGCUUCGGACGACUCUCUUCUCUUUCUACUUUGAAAAUGCGGCGCAGGCCGUGCAGCUGAAGCCGCUGGCCUACUGGCUGCUCUACUGCUGCCCGGUGUGCCUCCAGUUCUUCACCCUCUGCCUCCUCAACCUCUACUUUUGGCAGGUGGUGUUCAAGGCUAAAGCCAAGUAUUCCCCAGAGUUCACCAAAUACCGGAUUGCACUAUCAUUGCUAUUCCUGUCCCUCUGUAUAUGUUUCCUUGUGGUGAAUUUAACGUGUGCAUUAUUGGUGCAAGGUGCCUUGGAGCGUUCGGAAUUGCCAAGCGACAGGAGUGUGAGACAUGCCGUGCUAGCCCGCGUCUUGAUCAACGACAGUCUGUUUGUCCUGUGUGCCGUGUCUUUGGCCAUUUGCAUCUUCCGCAUUGCCAAGAUGUCCUCUGCCAAUGUUUUCCUCCAAUCCAAGGGCACAUCGGUGUGCCAGGCGACAGCUGUGGGAGCGAUGGUGAUUCUCCUCUACACGUCCAGAGCUUGUUACAACCUGGUGGUGGCGCUGUCUCCGCUGGGCAGGCCUGAUUUGUGCAAUUACAGCUGGUACACAGUUUCCGAUCAGGCCGAUGUGCUGAAGUUCAGCGACGAGGCCUACAUGGUGUAUGGGAUUAUUUUGUUCUUCUGGGAGCUACUACCUACCAGCUUAAUGGUGCUUUUCUUCCGAGUCCAGAAGCCCAAACAGAACCUGGUUCCCGCAGGAAUCCUCAACAGCCACACAUUUGGCUCCAGGGAUUCUUUUUUUGACAACCCAAGGAGGUAUGACAGUGACGACGACCUGUCCAGAAGCAACAGGGGCGAUCGGGCCAGCGUGCCCUCCUCCACCGCUCAACCCAGUUGCGUGUCUAGUUGGUACGGCUCUAUCCAGUGUAACAAGGCCCCGGCGUCAAGCCAGCCAGCGCCCUCCACCACAGCCCCCCUCCUGUUCGCUUACGGAAACAUCCAGAGUACCCAGCACCAUCACCACAACUACUACUCCACCCCACAAAGUCACCAGCACCAUCACGGUUAUUAUCACUCCACCCCUCAGAACUGAGCAGAUAAAGCUCUUUCAUUUUGGAACCAUUUGCCCCCCGAAGUUUGAGGACCAAGGAUCGUUUGAUGCGAAAUGCACGAUCCUGUUUGCAGAUUGCGGAGCAGGAAUGUAGCACUAAAAUCUCUGACCAUAAUCCUUGAGGUCAUGCUUUAAUGAGGGUUUAAAAACAAUCGUCAGUGUUGAUUUUGGGACGCAAAAUAAAUUCAUGUGAAAGGAACAAAAAGGACACUCGGACGAACUGCUAAGCUGAAAUGUCAAUAGAAGACCGAUCUCAUCCAAGGUUCAACUUUAACCAAAGUGUAAAAGCUUGGUUCUAUGUCUUUGUAGCUAUGUGUCCAGAUUUUUUUUUCUCAUCCCUCAGCAUUCACACCUAAUUUCUGAGUGAAUAGCAAUGUUGAGGUUUGUAAGGAUGAGUAUUAUUGUUUUGAUAGUUUGGUGUAUUACUGUAACACUUUGGAUAUGAUCCACACAUUCGUUUUCGCUUCCACUUAUCCUCACUGAGGUCGCGGAUGAAUUGGUGCCUAUCCUUGGAGAAUUUGAGAGAAAAGUAAGGCACGCUUUGGACCAGUCGCCAGUCAAUCACGGGCCAUUUUGGAUGCCCUUUGUGAAAUGUGCAGAUGUUUGACAGCAUCACUGCGGAACAUGUGGUUAGCAUGUCUUGUCACUGCAAGAUGCUAACUGUGGCUAAAUAUGCCAGGAGAAUUGGACUAAAAAGGUCAAUACACCUGAACUUCGCGUGCCAAUAGUGGAAGUAGUAAACACUUUCAGAAUUACUGCUCAAAAUGACUCAUAUGUGUGAAUGAUUGUUUGGCAACUAGAAUAGGCUAAAGCUAAACACGAUAAGCGGUAGGAAAUGAAUGGAUGGAAUAACCAGAUCAAGUUUCCACCAAAACAUUCCGACUGAACAAUCGACUUAUAAAUGGAAAUAUCAACGCCACAAAAGUAUAUUUGCACCAUCUAUUGUGGAUGUCACCGAAAUCGAGUAUGAGAUUGUAAUGGUCCACAGGUUGGACAGUUUGGCCAAAAAUAACCGUUAUAAGCUUCCCUGCAGCCUUUUGCACUUAGAUGUGUUGAUCCUCUGAAAGAGGAAGGAGAUGUCUCUUCUGCCGUCACGUCAGUCUCAUACUUAACAUUCCUUUUGGAAAAUGUUUGCACAAGAUAGAAUCAAUGAUGUAUGUAUGGAAUCAUUUGCAUGUUUAUUGGUUAAAGUCAGUAUGUUUGUGAUCUGAACAAUGUGGAUGCUUUUAUAUGAUUUUUUUUUAAUUCACCAUAUAGCUUUACUGAUUUAACAAAUUUGUACUUUUUCAUUGUUUUCCGUUGUUGGGAAUUUCAUUUGUUUGGUGUCCAAAACCACGUUAACAUUUUGUGCUAAAUCUCUGAAUUAGACAAUUGUAGGCCUCUAUGCACCCCCGGACUUGACAAACAGCACCUGCAAGUGGAAUGAUCUCGUUCUAGGCUUUUUUUUUCUUUCUUUCAUAAAGAUAUAAACUAGAAAAAAAAAAAACAUUGCUCGCAUUCUCAAUCGCACUCAUUGUUUAUUGUGAAAGGUGAUCCCAAGGGAAAUUCCAAAGAAGAAAUGCUUGUCACAAAUAUGGACCCACAAGUUUAAAUUCAAACUCCUAAGUUGCUGCCAGCGUGUUCUUAAAAUGUGGUCAGUCUGCAAAACAUUUGUUGUUGCGAAUUAAGGACGCUUUUAGCAUUUAUUGACAUGUGAAAGUUGCUUGUGCAGUCCAUGGCUCUGCAUCAUCAUGCAACAAGUCAACAUUAUGAUCCAGUCCCUCACAAGUUCUUUUAACUAGGACCAUACUGAAUGUAACCUGUUUUGUGACAGACAUUAAAAUAAGCAAUGUUAAAAAAAAAAAGGUCUAACCAUUGUACUCCCUUCCACACAGAUUUAUGUCACUGUGGACUUAAGGUUAGAGAGGUUAAAUUUAGCUACAUUUAAAAAGAGCAGCCAAGAAAACAUGGGUGGCAAAAAUGGCAGACAAUCAUUUAAUAAAUCUACUUGAAAACAAACUACGCCUAACUGACAAGUAGUCGUCACUGUCAUUAAAAUAGUUUGACCAUGAAAUGAUGUAAAAUUAUGAAUUAAAACAUUACAAUUAAAACCAACUGCAGCAAAGAGAAAAAUAGCAUUGUUACUAGCAGUUUGAAACAUACUGAGAGAGCAAAUAUGAGCAACUCAUGAUAUCAAACCAUUUGCUCAUUUUUAAAGCAAAAAGCUGCUCAGAUUUUGACAAUUGAAAUAAAACACUAAUAAUUCACAAACAUCAGAAAACAACUGCAAUUGUUUUAAGGCAGAAUGGUUAUGUUUUGGUCAUUUGACUUUUGAUGAUAAAACACUGAGCAAAAUUCAAACAAUAAACACAUUUGCAAUAAAUGUAGCCUCUCCAGAUAAAAGAAGCCUUCAAAGUAAACAUUCUUGACUUUCAUUCACACAAUUGCACCCAAUAGAAAUACCAUUGAUCCCAUCAACAUGGAUUCUGGGGGGGGG